UCGGUUGUGGGCCAAAGGAAACGACGAAUAUGAAAAUGGCUGCUGCUACUGAAAUAUUAAAUAUACCAGACGAAAAAGUGAUAUUACAAAAAAAAAUGUAGAGUUUUUCAAUCUGCAAUAAAUUUCAGUAACUUUUAAAUAUGAACAUAAUGCGCAAAUUAAGAGGGGGCACAAGCGUCGGAGGUAUGGGUUCCAGCAGUAUGGGUAGUUUAGAAGAAUGUACGAGCAGCACGAAUCCCCAACAUACUGCUUUGGGUCUUAUGCACCUCAAGAAACUUUUCUCUGAAUACAGCCAUCCUCCACAUCCUCUUUCUGAUGCUGAACGUGAUGAUAAAUUAUAUAAUAUGUUACCAUUGUUUUGCAAGGUAUUUGGGUCUAGUCCUUCUGGAGAUAUGAAUGAAAAAUUUUGGGAUAUUUUAGCAUUUACACAACAAGUUUCGCGAUUAAUGGUAUCUGAGAUUAGAAGAAGAGCAAGUAACCAAAGUAUUGAAACUGCAAGUUGUGCUAUUGUUAAGUUCUUAGAGAUAGAAAAUAGUGAAGAAUCAAGUAAUGGUUGGAUGUUACUCUCAGCAUUGAAUUUACUUGCGGCAGGAGAUGCAUCUCUGAUACAGGCAAUGACUGCUGCAUCUGUUCCAUCAACAUUGGUUAAAUGUUUAUAUCUAUUUCUUGACUUACCUGAGAUGAAUGAAGAGGAAGCUGAUAUUACUGAUGCAAACAGUGAAUUUACACCUAGGGAACGUAGAAUAUUACUACAAAAAAUAUUUGUUCAGUUAUUAGUACGUUUAUGCAGUCAUCCAUAUCCUGCAGAAGAACUUGCUCGUAAAGAUGAUUUGGCAUUAUUGUUCUUAGCAAUUACGAGUUGGUGUCCUCAGUAUAAUGUUAUGUGGCGUAAAAGCGCUGCUGAGGUUUUAAUGACGCUAUCCCGACAUGGUCUUACACAAAAUGUAGUAGCCUACAUACACAAUAAAGGAUGUAUAGCAUUGUGUAUUGAUAAUAUGCAACGUGUACCUGAGCUUGCAUUAUUGGAAGUUGUAGAAAUGUUUGUUACAGUAUUUUGUUUCUUGAAAGAUUCUAGUGAAGUAUCACAAACACUUUUGGAUGAUUUUCGUACUUGCCAGGGAUACAUUUUUUUAUCAGAUUUUUUGUUAAAACACGCUCCUUCGAGAUUAGAACAAGAUAGUAGAGCAGAAGCACAAGAUGCUAUUCGAAAUUUAGUGCUGAUGUUGGCAUCUUUGACAAUGUGUGGACAUACUGAAUUAAAACCAAGUCAAGCUAGUAUGGGUUCGUUAUUUCAAAUGCUUGGUUUUACUUUACCUCAACCAAGUAAUAGAGGAGGAAGUGUUCGAAAUAUUCAAGCAUUUCAAGUGUUACAAUCAGUAUUUGUUAAGUCAAAUUCGUCACUUCUUUGCUGUACUAUUCUUGAUGCUAUUUCAAGUGUUUAUCACAGUGAUAAUGCUAAUUAUUUUAUAUUGGAAGGACAGAACACUUUAUCACAAUUUGCAGAAAAGAUUCAUUUAAAAAAUGUAGAAAUACAACAGAAGUUCUUUCAGCUGUUGGAAUUCAUAGUAUUUCAACUUAAUUUUGUGCCUUGUAAAGAACUUAUAUCUUUAUCUAUAUUACUCAAGGCGAAUAAUUCUGUUACUUGUAGUAUCAUGUGUAUGGAAACGCUUCUGAAUAUACUUAGACACAAUACAAUUUUUAAAGAUGUAUACAGAGAAGUAGGCAUGUUGGAAGUAUUUGUUACUUGUCUUCAUCAUUAUGCUACAUUACUUAAAGACAAACAGGCUGCACAGGACCAAGGACUAGAAUAUAAAAUAUCCCCAGAAGAUGAACGUUUGGGUGCCUUAGUCAUGGAAGCUUUGACAACUUUGUUAGCUGGAAAUGUACAGAAUGCAAAUGUUUUCAGAGAAUGUGGUGGAGCACGUUGUGCUCACAAUCUCGUACCAUAUACAGAUUGUCGCUACCCUGCACUUGGGAUAGUAAGGGAAUUGAUACUUAGUGCUGGUGGUGAUGACGAUAUGGCAACUUUAUUAGGAGUUAUGCAUUCUGCACCCUCAAAUGCUUUGGUCUUAAAAACACAUAUAUUGAAGUCAUUACUAGCGUGCCUACGAGAAUCUCAUCGUACGAGAACAGUAUUCCGUAAAGUUGGAGGGUUUGUUUACGUUAUGUCGGUGCUUGUUUCUUUAGAGGGUCAACUUGGACAACAAGUACGAAAUAAUACUGAGCCUUGUAACGAUGUUGUGCAAAGAACUCCGCAAAAUGAAAUGCAAUUAUUAACAUUACUACAUGUGGUGUUCCAUACGAUAAGUACAGCAAUGCGUUUCGAGCCCGCAAAUGCGAAAUUUUUUCAUCAUGAGAUAUGUCAAUCAAGUCUAUGUGAUACAUUACGACUUCUUGGAUGUUUUUCAACACAAAUUAAACUGGCUGAAAUGAAUAUAAUACCUACUAUGAAUUAUCACAACAUGUUAUCAACUCUUUUCACUGGAAAUGUAUUAGAGCCAGCAUUUCCAGAUGGCAUGUCAAGAACAUUAGCAUAUGGGUGUUUAUUAUUACGACUUCUAUAUGAUGUUGCACUUGAUGCUUUUGAUAAACCUAAUAUGGCUGGCAUCAGUAUGAGAUCACCAAGUCAUAAACAAGCUAGUGUAGAACAACAAAAGUCUUUUGACUCUCCUGGAAGUGGAAAGAGAUGUGCCAUAAAUCCUUUAAAUCUAAGUCCUCCUACUCCCGAACCUAUUGUAGUUCAUCCUGGUAUUGUAGUUGGAAUGCUUCAUUUACUUCCAUCGAUAUCUGAUUCUUCAAAUCCACAACUUGCAUUAGCUCUACAAUUAUACAUAGCAGAAAUUAUUAAAAGUUUAGUACGUUCCGAAAGGAACCAACAGGUGAUGUGCGAAGCUGGUAUGGCGGGAGAAUUGCUAUCCAUGGGUAGAAUUGCUUUGCAAGAUGAAAUUCAUCCUUUACAUCAACCAUUACAAUAUAUAAUAGAGAGACUUGCAGCUCAAUCUUUAGAACCUCGAGAUUUAAGAGAAUUUUUACGCUUGGGAGAUCCUUUGUGUUGUAUUUCUCUUGAUGAUAUUGAACCAAACAAAUCUAGAGGAGGACCAGUGCCUCUAACACGUAUUAAAACUUUGGUAUCCAUGACAACUCCCAAAGAUUUCAGAGCUCAUGGUUCCUGUACUUUACCACCAUUUGUUGAAUUAGAUAUGAGUGCAGAAGGAUUUGCCUGUUUGUAUUUACCAAGUAUUGCACCUCAGAGUACAACCCCGCCUACAGUAGUAACUGCUGACAACAGUGUACUUGGAGGAAUUGGUUCUGGUGAUAGAUUAUUUCCACCACAAACUGGUUUAACAUAUAGUACAUGGAUAUGUAUCGAUAAGUUUAGUGAUCCUAGAACAGAUCCUCAUUGUGUAAGACUAUUAACAUUAGUACGUACUCCUCAAUCUUCAAGAGAUUUAAUUUGUUUGAUUGCUGUUCUCAGUGCUAGAGAUAAAGCUAUCAUUGUUUCUACUCAAGAAACGGCUAUGCCUCAGAAUGUUGGAGAAUGGGAACCUGAAGGUACUGGCGAAUGUGGAGCUCGAGUUUGGUGUCCUGAUUUGUUACAUGAAGGACAAUGGCAUCAUAUAGCAAUCGUAUUAAAUCGUGCUGUUUUAAAAAAUUCUAGUUUUUCGUUAUAUUUAGAUGGGCAGCACAUUCAUAGUCAAAAGCUUCAUUACAUCACUCAAGUUCCGGGUGGUGGAGCAGCUAAUUUAACAGUUGUUUCACCAGUUUAUGGAUAUAUUGGUACACCACCAUGCUGGAGACGAUAUUCCAGACUUACUUGGAAACAAGGACCAUGUCACUUAGUUGAAGAAGUAUUCAACUCUCAGAAUAUUGCAGCUUUAUUCAGAUUAGGUCCACAUUAUAUGGGAAGUUUACAAGCUCCACAGUUAUCAGGUCCAGAACCUUUGUCAGCUCUUGUAGUAGAAGAAAAACUAGUUUUUGGAUUAAAUGCAAAAGCUAUGUCUCAGUUGACAUUAGCUAAAAUUAGGAAAGUUUAUAGCAGAGCUGAUAAUAAGUCAAUUGCUAAACAGCUUGGUAUGUCAUCUCAUGAAAAUGCCACACCAAUUAGAGUCCUUCAUAAUUCUGCAGGCCAUCUUAGUGGACCAGCUCGAGCUUUAGGUGGUGUGGUUGUAGGAUAUUUAGGAGUACGAGUUUUUAAUCCUCGUCCCGUAGCUACUACGAUCGAUAAUGUGGGAGGAUGUUCAGUUUUGUUAGGUCUAAUAGCUAUGGCACAAGAUGUAGAAUCUCUUUAUGCAGCUGUUAAAGCAUUAGUAUGUGUUGUGAGAUCAAAUCAGGCAGCGCAACAAGAAAUGGAUCGCCGUAGAGGAUAUCAAACUUUAGCCAUGUUAUUAAGAAGAAAAUGUGCUCUUCUAAAUAGUCAUAUACUACAUCUCACAUUUAGUCUUGUUGGUACAGUUGACAGUGGCAGAGAAACCAGUGCAAUUCCUAAUGUUACAGCAUUUCAAGAUCUUUUAUGUGAUCUACAGGUUUGGCACGAAGCACCUGGAGAAUUAUUAAGAUCUCUUUUAGAACACUUAUAUGAGUUAAUAGCAGAAUCUAGCGAGAAACGUACAAAUUUACGAUUAAUGAGGGAUUUGCAAUUAGUACAUAAAUUAUUACAUAUUCUUAGUGAUGUUAAACAAAACAGCACACGACAAGUUUUACUCGCUUUGCUUAGUAUAUUAUUAAGUCAGCCAAGACAGGCUGAUUUACUCUGGUUUGGUCAAUUUAUUGUGGCUACUUUACCAUUAAAUUCAGAAAAACAUUUAAUUCUUAGAGAAAGUGAAGGAAAUAAAGAGGGAGAGGGUGAAGGUAUACUUUUACGAAAUCGUUGCUUACAACUUUUACACUCGCUCUUAUUUACUGGUGCCAAAGUGAAUAUAAAUAUGUGUGAAGAGUUAGCCAAGGUAUUAGGCCUAGACUGGAUAUUAUUAUUUCUUCAACCUAUUCUUCAUAGUACUACUGUUAUUUGGGGAUUGCGUAUACUAGUUGCUGUGUGUUCAGUACAGUCAAUUCUACAAAAAUUCAAAGAAGGCACUAGUAAUGGUGGUUGGCUACGUCAUACUGAUCAUAAUAAAAUGGCACUAGCACUUGGAUGUCAUCAACAGAUGUCUGGUGGUGAUAUUAAGCCUUCAGGCCUUCAUGUACCAGGAUUUCAACAUCUUGGAUGGUUACUACCACAACAUAUUGAUUUAGUUCCAGAACUUUAUUUUCUUUUCAUUUCUCUUAUGAUGGGACAACCAGUAAAAUUAUUACCAAUGGAUUCAAAACUAGAUUUAAAUAAUUUAUGGAAUUUCAUGUUUGGAGUUCCUGCAAAUCAUACUCUAUCUUCUUUUGCUAGCAGAAUAAGUCUUUGUCCGGAAGCUGUAGUCACAUUAUUAAUUAUGGUGCGAACUAUGCUGAACAACCAUUCAAAUAAUCCAGAAUCAUUACCUGUUUGGUUAACUGAUUACCCAGUGAUAAUAAUACAGUUCCUAUUUUUUCUGUACCAUAACUUCACUGACUUUAUGCAAGUGUUCAUGUCUGCUGAUGUUUUGGGAGCAUUAGCUGGUACUUUGUUUCCAAAGCCUGCAAGUUCUAGUCAAGAUAGUAGUGGCGCAAGUACACCAGCAGACGAGCAAGAACCAGUAUUGGUAAGAUCCCCAUCAAAGGAUAUUGGAUUAACAAAUCAUCCUGCAAAAAAAUUUGUUAUGGACUUUUUAAGAGUCAUCAUUGUAGACUCUCUUUCUCUGUCAGUAACAACAAAAUCUCCACCAGCUAUAGAUCUUGUUUUAGAAGCAUGGCCAGUACAUGCAUCUAUGGGACAACAAAUGUGUUACCAAACGGAAAUUCUGUCUAUUUUAAUGGAACAUCUUUUAGCUGCAGACGUUUUGAUUGGUGAACAAGCUGCACUUCCUGUUGUACCUGGUGGUUCUGUCAAUAAUAUCACUAGCAAUGUUUGUUACGUUGCGGCUAGGAUAGUAGAUAAAUUAUGGCAAGGUGCAUUGACAAAGAAUCCACAUGAAGUAUUCGAUUUUAUUGUUAAACUAAUUGGGCAAGCUAAAAGACGAUCUGGAGUAGUCAGUAUGGAAGGUCUUCAUCACUGCCUGAAUAGAACAAUUUUAUUCUUACUAUCAAGGCCAACAGAUUCUAUAGCUGAUCAAAUGGCUGUAUUAGAAGCAUUACAUAAACUUACUGAUCACAGAGUUUUAAUAUUUGGUGCUGGAAAUCAUGAGUUAGAGUUUAUUGGUUGCCUCACCUAUUGUUUGCUGCAAUUAACAGCUGAUAUAAAAAUUAUGUUAGAUACUAAUAUGAAAACAACAUGGCAUGUUAAUCCACAAGUUGAAUCGAGCGAUGAUAGAUUAACGUCUCACCAGGGUCACAAUUUAAUGGCUGUUGCAGCAAACAGGAUUUGGGAAGAGUUAUAUGUAUGCAAGAAACCUGCUAUAGAAGAAGUUUUUAAAAUAACUCUUCUGCUACCUGUAGGUAAUGAUCGUGCACCAGAAUUACCAGUAGUCAGAGAACAGGUACACGAAGCUGCAGCAAGACUCUGGUUGAAUUAUGUAGUUCUUGAAAGAAAAGCUUCUUAUAGAGUACCUUGGGAACUUCACAACCAAAUACAAUCGAAAAUUCAAAAAGUAACAGGAGGAUUAACAAGAUUAGCAAGUCGAACAAAAGUUAGAAAAGAAGAAUCUGUGCGCGUGAAACUUAGAUUGCAUCAGAAUACAGUGUCCCAAUGGACAGAACAACAUAUUGCAUUGGUUAGAGAACUUGCUGCAGCAAAAAAAUUACAACAUCAACAAACCAAUCAGCAUACACAACGCUACGUCUAUCAAGAAUGGUUGCAAACGGAAACAGAAUUAACAAGAGAACGUGGUCUAUGGGGUCCACCCACUCCUACUAAAUUAGACAAGUGGAUGUUAGACAUGACUGAAGGGCCUUGUAGGAUGCGUAAAAAAAUGAUGAAAAAUGAUCUUUUUUAUAUACAUUAUCCAUAUCGGCCUGAACUGGAACAUCCAGAUAAUAAACAGUUAAAGUACAAAGUGGCAACAAGCACAGAUAGUAAGGAGUAUUAUUUAAAACAACUUGGUAAUUCUUCUGGUAUGUUUGAACGAGAACGUGAUCCGGUAAUAGACGAUACCCCAUUAAAUGUUAAUGAGACUUCCACGGAAAACGAACCACCGAUGGUACCAUGUACCUUAGAACGUCAUGCCAGCGAACCAGAUGAAGUGCAAGAAGAUAAUGAACAAGAAGAAGAAAAUAAUCAAACGGUUCCGGAUAAUCAAACAUUAUUAAGAUUACUAGAAGAACAUGAAAAGAUCAGUCACAUGUUCAGGUGCGCAAGGAUUCAAGGUUUAGAUACAACAGAAGGCCUUCUAUUAUUUGGAAAAGAACACUUUUAUGUAAUAGAUGGUUUCACACUUUUAAAAUCGAGAGAAAUAAGAGAUAUUGAAAGUUUACCAGAAGCUUACGAACCAAUUUUGCCUUCACCAGGCUCCCCUAGAAGAUCUAGGGCAAUGAGACAAUGUUCUAAAUUCAAUUAUGAAGAUAUAAGAGAAGUGCAUAAGAGAAGAUAUUUAUUGCAGCCAAUGGCAUUAGAAGUAUUUAGUGGUGAUGGAAGAAAUUAUUUAUUAGCUUUUCCACGAAAAGUGAGAAAUAAAGUAUACCAAAGAUUUAUGACUUUUGCAACUGCUAUUGCUGAUAGUGCGCAACAGUCUGUAGCUGGUCAAAAAAGAACUGCUAAUGUAGAGCAGGCAACGGGCUUAUUGUCUAAUCUUAUAGGAGAAACAUCGGUUACACAGCGAUGGGUGCGAGGAGAAAUAUCAAAUUUUCAAUAUCUGAUGCAUCUCAAUACCUUAGCUGGACGUAGCUACAACGAUCUUAUGCAAUAUCCGAUAUUCCCGUGGAUCUUGGCUGAUUAUGAUAGUGAAGAGUUAGAUUUAACAGAUCCAUCAACAUUCAGAGAUUUCAGUAAACCUAUGGGUGCACAAAGUCCCGAACGAUUAUUACAAUUUAAGAAAAGAUAUAAAGAAUGGGAUGACCCACAUGGUGAAACUCCACCUUAUCAUUAUGGAACUCAUUACUCUUCAGCUAUGAUAGUAUGUUCCUACUUGGUAAGAAUGGAACCUUUUACGCAACACUUCUUAAGACUACAGGGUGGUCAUUUCGAUUUGGCGGACAGAAUGUUUAAUAGUGUAAAAGAAGCUUGGCUUUCUGCGUCUAAACAUAACAUGGCUGAUGUAAAAGAACUCAUACCCGAGUUUUUCUAUCUUCCAGAAUUUCUUGUCAAUUCAAAUCAUUUUGAUCUAGGUUCUAAACAAAGUGGUGUACAACUUGGAGAUAUUGUGCUUCCACCAUGGGCAAAACAAGAUCCACGAGAAUUUAUACGCGCUCAUAGGCUUGCAUUAGAAUGUGAUUAUGUUUCACAACAUCUUCAUCAAUGGAUCGAUUUGAUAUUUGGGUGUAAACAAAAUGGACCUGCAGCUGUUGAAGCUGUUAAUGUUUUUCAUCAUCUUUUCUAUGAAGGCAAUGUCGAUAUAUACAAUAUUGAUGACCCUUUAAAGAAAAAUGCUACUAUCGGUUUUAUAAAUAACUUUGGACAAAUACCAAAACAGUUAUUUAAAAAGCCACAUCCUGCAAAAAAGAUGACACAAAGAAUUAGUGUUAUAGAUCCUGGACCUAUCACACCAGGCUUAAGUAUUACUACAUCUGAUAAAUUAUUUUUCCAUAAUCUUGAUAACUUGAAACCAUCACUUCAACCUAUUAAAGAGUUGAAGAGUCCCGUUGGACAAAUACUUCACGUCGACAAAGCAGUAUUAGCGGUUGAACAAAAUAAAACGCUUAUUCCUCCAUCUUAUAAUAAGUAUGUCGCAUGGGGUUUUGCUGAUCAUUCGUUGAGGAUAGGUAAUUAUGACAGUGAUAAGGCAAUAUUUGUAUGUGAAGCUAUGAUGCAAAGCAGUGGAGAAAUUGUAGCUUGUGUUUGUCCAUCGUCCAAAUUGAUAGUAACAGCAGGAACAAGUUCUGUUGUCAUUGUAUGGGAGUAUGCAAAACGUCAAUUGUCGAUAAAACAAUGUUUAUAUGGUCAUACAGAUGCUGUAACAUGUUUAUCAUCUAGUACAGCAUAUAAUGUUAUCGUAUCGGGUUCUAGAGAUGGUACUGCAAUUAUUUGGGACUUAUCCCGAUGUUUAUUCGUUCGACAACUUCGGGGACACGCAGGACCAGUAGCUGCAGUAGCUAUUAACGAGCUAACGGGUGAUAUAGCCACUUGUGCUGCUACAUGGUUACAUGUAUGGAGUAUAAAUGGCGAAGAAUUAGCGAAUGUAAAUACAUGCGUUGGAAGAGCUGAUAGAAUGCAACAAAUUUUGUGCGUUGCAUUCAGUCAGACACAUGAAUGGGAUUCACAGAAUGUAAUAAUGACUGGAUCUACGGAUGGAGUUGCACGCAUGUGGUCAAUGGAUUUUGUGCAAGUGCCUGCGGAAGAGGAACAAUUGGAGGAACUUUAUGGUGAUAAAGAAGGACAAGAUGAUCCAAAUGUACAAGUUGACCAAAGUGAAAGUACAAAGAAAAGAGUUCACGAAUUAGUAAAACAAAUGAGUAUAUCUACUGAAGGAUCAGGGAUGCUAAUGAAAAGUGGAUCAGAAAGUAGCCUCUCUGAACCAGAGAAUACCAAAGAAGCUUCUAGAGCUCACGAGGAAAAAGAAGAAUGUUCAGAUAAUGAAUCUAGUAAUGGUUCAAAUAACAAAUCUUUGUCACAUUGUAACCAUGCUUCUGCAGUUAUAUUAAGACGAAAAGGUCGCGGAAAUCCAAUGUUUAGAAAAAGCGAAGGUGGAGGACGUGCUGAUAGCGAAGGGACACAAACAAGUAAAUUACACAACAACCCUGGAGAUACGGAAGGAGCCUUGAGAACUAGUAAAAGUGAUACCAGUUUAACUGAUAGUUUUGUAAUGGUUAAUGAAUCUGAUACAAAACCCAAAAAGAUUAAUCCACAAAAUGUUUUGAGAGAUGGAUUUAAAUGGCAAAGACAAUUAGUCUUUCGAAGUAAAUUGACAAUGCAUACUGCUUACGAUCGGAAAGAUAAUGCAGAGCCAGCUUCUAUUACGGCAUUAGCAGUAUCGAGAGAUCAUAGAACAGUGUAUGUUGGUGAUACUCGUGGUAGAGUAUUUUCAUGGAGUGUUUGUGAACAGCCAGGCCGUACAGUCGCUGAUCAUUGGUUGAAAGAUGAAGGAGCAGACACCUGUGUUGGAUGUGGUGUUAGAUUUAAUCUGUAUGAAAGGAAACACCACUGUCGAAAUUGUGGUCAAGUGUUCUGCUCCAGAUGUAGCAGAUUUGAAUCUAAAAUUUCAAGACUUGGAAUUAUAAAACCUGUUAGAGUUUGUCAAGCCUGUUAUUCUUCACUACAUUCUCAAUCUUCUACUGAGAAUAAUACUUAAUAUAAUAAUAUUAAAUAAUAUUUAAAAUAAUAAUUAUAAUAGUAGUAAUAAUAAUUAUAUACAAUAAUACAACAAUAAUAUUAAUACUAAUUUAAUAACAAUAAUAACAUUGAAUCUGCUGUUUAUUACUAAACUAGAUAGAAAUAUUGGUCGAAUGUAUAUAAUCAUGAGUAGCUAUUAAGCUCAUAGUUGAGUAUCUGUACAUGAAAGACAAGGUGUGGAUUUUAUUCUAUUUGUGUCUUGUAGAGAAUAUACACAGGUUACAUGAUUCAA